GUACAGACCGCCGGGGCCUGGCCCUCCUUCCAACUUCAAAGCCUUGGCAAUCUCCCACCAAACCUCCUCAACUCCAAAAAUCUCGUCCCACCAAACCUCCUCAACUCCGCCGCCGCUCUGCUCCUUCCAACUUCAAAGCCUUGGCAAUCUCCGCGCCGCAAACCCUAGCCGCCGCCAUGGCCUUCCUCGCUCCCGCCUCCCUCCGCGCCCCCAUCUACGUAGUCGCCGCCGCCUCCGGACGCCGCUCCGUGCUCCCCGCGGCCGUCAAAGCCACGGCCAGCUCCGGCUCCGCCACCUCUCCGCACCCCAUCCUCUCCUCCCUCCGCAUGGCCGCCUCCGCUGCCGUCCUCCUCGCCGCCACCUCCCCGGCCCUCGCGUGCACCCCCUCCGCGCCUCCGCCCCCGCCCGCUCCCCUAACGGCCGCGGUCCACCCCGACGACCCCAUCCAGGACGCCUCCCACCCGUUCGAGAAGCUCAUCGUCGAGUCCGCCGCGCUCGCGCGCGCCGGCAGAGCGGAGGCUGCGCGCGCCCGCCUGUCUGCCGCAGAGGGAUGCGAGAGCUAUGCGCGCCUCCUCGCGGCGCAGGCGCUGUUCGUGGAGGGAAAGGUGGACGAGGCGAUCGCCGCCUUCGAGGAGCUCGCGCGGGAGGACCCCGCCGACUACCGCCCUCUGUUCUGCCAGAGCGUCCUGUACCUCGUCCUGGGGAGGGAGGCGGAGGGCGAGUCCAUGAUCGAGCGCUGCCGCGAGGUCGGCGGCGACGCGCUAUUGGCGGAUCCGGUGAUGAUGGUCUCGGAGGCCAGUGCGGAAGCAGUUGACGCGGAGGCGGGUGCGGAGAAGGUAGAGCCGGAGCCGGCGGAGGUGUGACCUGACUCUUGAGCGGACGAUCCCAAAAUAAGAAAGCAUUUUUUGUCUUUUUUUUUUCGUGAAGGGUAACUAUGAUUGGAGCACAUGCUCUGGUGAUACACGAAUUGAGGGAAACUUGAAACGGUUGCUGAUUUUUAGGAUCCGAGUAAAGAUGUUGUCAAGAAACAAUGUUGAUUCACUUUCGUCAGAGUCUGAAUGGCUGUCUUCAGUUUCGUCAGUUUCAUAGAAGCAGAAAGCAGAGCAAGUCUGCAACAAGAUCACCGGUUUGACGAGUACGGCGGAUACCGUCCGUGGGGCAUCCAACGGCUGUCAUCAACUGGCUAGGCGAUACCUCCUAAGGCAACUCUGUUUUCAGACAUUAAACAGUAUUUUGCUUAACUCUGAUUAAGUUAAUGACCACGCCAUUGUAUUGAAGCGUUGCUCCGGGUAUGUAAUGAGCAUGGAGUACAUGAACCGGUAUACGCUGUAUUGAAAUUAGCUUUAGCCGCAGAUGUUGUCGUGUUGGCGGCAUCUGUAUGGGGGAAUGUCUGAACUUAACUUCGAUUCAGUAAUCUACAGUGGCUAGUUUCUAUC